AUGCGCCGCCCGGGAACGCUGCCCAACUCCGGGACGUCCGGCCAUCGUCCAGCCGCUAUCGAGGACGGCUCAGCGCCAUUGACUGUCCCAGGGGAUAACUGCUCCUCCACAGGCGGUGGUAGACUGCAUUAUUCGAAUCAUUCUCUGCGCCGUACGCCCCAGCCCCCGCAUCUGCCCCCCCGCGACCCGGACAACACCUCGGAACGGACGCAGAACGACUCGAGGCUUCAGAACGGCAUACCUGGACACCAUCACGCGCCACCUCCGCUACCCUCGAGACACCAGUCGUCCUGCGGCCAAUCCUCCUACCCCACCCUGCCCAUGAACGGCCACGCGGCCCAUCAGUACCAUCACUUUCCGCGCGAGAAGGACAGAUCGUCGGCUCGUGAGAGGAGUCGCGAUCGAGAUGUACAAUCCGUCCCUCAUCGGUCCGAGAAGCACCGAGAACUUCAGAUGGAGAUGGAGAUGCGCGACGGGAUGGACAUGGAGAUAGGCACGUAUCGGGCGUAAGGAAGUGUAUGUAUGCGGGUGACAAGGUGAACUAAGGUUUCGAUAAUGCGAAUCGGCGGCCGAGUGAAUUGAAUCGAAGACUGAAAUAAUCGAAUAAGAUGAGGUGGGGAGAAGAAACUCUGACGCGGUUCACGCGUCUACGUCCGACUCUCUCGUGGCGAGCUUGCGUAAAUGAGACAUGGUGGAGGAGGGAAAGAUGCAUUGUGCGAAGCAUUUGAUGAACAAUCGCCGGUGCAAUCGCGAAUGGAAUUGGCGAACUCGCAGCUAAAUCAAACUGAAGACUGAUUACGACGGGCGUACGGUGAACUGUAAUAACUCGAGAGUAAGUUAAUGAUGAUAACAUUGGUACAUUCCAAUCAUCUGUCUGCCAGUCUUCGUUGGAAUCGGCGACCACGCAAAUUUCGAAUCAAAUUAUAACCUUUUUUUGAUUGAUAGGAAUUUCUCUGAUUACGUCGUGUAUACGCCUCAUGUAUAUGGUGUUCACAAUGGGAAAUCUCCAUGUUUACUUUACUUAAAAUCGUGCCGAUGGAAAUUACGGAUCAACAGGAAGAAAUAUACAUAUAUAAAUAUAUAUAUAUAUAUAAAUAAAUAAAUAGAAAGACACAUCGAAGUUAUUUUAAUGAAAGCAAAGAUUCAAUAUGCCCGAUGGGAAUAAGAAAACGUAAUAAGGAAUACAAGUCGUGCAUACGGAUCAAACGUUAAGGAUCAAUGAUGCUUUGAAGGAAAUCCGUCGAAAUGGAUAAAAUCUCUGAUUAUUAUGAGAAUUGUGAGAAGGUAUCGAUACGUUUCGUCGGACAUGGGCAUCCGUUUCACAAUAGCGCAAUGCGCGGACUAAAGGGCAGUACCGUGAAAAAGAAACGAGAUUCGCAAAGCAAGAUGAAUCGGAUUGAACGGAUUGAGGGGGGGGGGGGGGGGAGAAGAGUCAAAAGACCGAUGGAAAUAAGAACUGUGUUCGUUGCUCCACUAACGAUUUUUACGUGCGACAGCUAUGGAAUGAUCGUUUCCAUCGUGUGUUCGAGAGACAUCGGUGACUUUGAAGAUCGUUGAAAGACGAAACCCGGAAGAGGAAAGAAGGCAAAAGGGAAGAAAGAUCAAAGUUUCGAGCGAAGCUUAUGUCUCGAUUACACGGAUUAUACGGACUUGCAUGUCGUUUGUAAAGAUCAUUUUUAAAGAAAGAUGGAGCAAUAUCGAUCGUCGAUCACACGCUUCCACCGCCAUUGCUAUCGUUCACGAACGAUCCACAAUGAACGUUUGUGGGUAUUAUUAUUGCAAUUACGGUGAAUUUUCAAGCGCCUUAUGCGAGUAAUCUUGAGGAUGUGAAAAAAUCGUAUUCAGAAUACUCUAUUGGGAAUUUCAAUGAUUCGUUGCGUCAUUUUAUUCCCAACGUUUAUUAUGUAUAUGUAUUUAUUGGCGUGAUAUUAGAAAACUUUGUAUUUGUAUCCGUAAUACCUUUGUAUUUUCUAUAUUAUUUAAAGGAAAAUUAUAUCGAAUGCUUUAUUCCCUUGGGGAUAAAUAAAUUCUUUGUCUCGAAAGAAGAUCGAGUAAUGUAAACGAGUAAUUGUAAAUUAUUGUAUAGAUAUUUUCUAAAAUUUAAUCGUAUAAAAAUGGGAGGGAGGGGAGUAAAAAUGGAAUUACAAAUUUGUAACGAGACACCUAUUUUCUGAGUACGAUUCAUAAUAAAUGAAUGCUCACAUGAACCUUCACGAUGUGUAACGUUAUAUUAAGUCGAUCAUUUAAUUAUACCUAAACCAUUGAAUAAAUUACUUAAAAAAAAAAAAGAAAGAAAGAAAAAAAGACGAUCUCAAGUUCGAUAGCGUGUAGUUACACGAUAAUCUACGUGAUAAAAUCGAAGGAAUUUAUAAACUCGAAAAUAAUCGUCCAAUUGAAUAUUCACUGGAAUCUGGAACAUAAACGUGUAACGAACUUUCUUCGACCGGAGAGGAACUUCCGUGAAACUAGAAUUUGAUCGUGAACUUAAAUUUCAACUAUUCAAGGUGACAACACAUUAUAUCGUUCUCUUUCAAAUCGUUCUUCAUUAUAUUUAAAACAUCGCUCAAUACAAUUUUUUAUUUAAAUAUUUAAGAUAUGCUUUUCAUUCGUAUUCAUUCGUUCAAGCUUGUUUAUAUAAAAUGAGUAUUUAGUAUUUUGUUAAGUAUUAUUUUCAAAUACUUAUAUUAUUUUUUUUUAAGUAGCAAAUUAUUUCAUUAUAAAUUAAAAUCCCUUCUUUUUUAUUUUAUUUUUUAUUCAAAUAAAUAAUACGUUUUCUUUUAUAACAUAUCAAUUUAAUUAUUAAAUUAAAUUAUAAUUUCAUAACUUUAAUUUUGUUUUUUCGCUGACAUAAUUUUGACCGAAAAAUAUGAAAAAUUGGAUCGCCAAAGAAAUAAAAAAAAUAAAUAAAUCGAUAAAAUUUGCAAUUUAUAAUCAAUUGAAUAAAUUAACAAAGGAUCAAUCUUCUAGUUGAGAGGUAAAAUAAAUGUGAUCGAGCGUUUACCGAAAUAUUCUUCGUUUUCCAGGCAUCAGACGAUGAUGCAUUUAAAAAAAAAAAUCGAACUAUAAAAUCGCUUUUGUUUAUGAAAAGCGAAAUACGUAUCAUAACGUGGUCUCAUCUAACAUAGAGUUACACUCAUAUACAUAUAUAUAUUCUAAACAAUCGAUUUUAGAAAUUUCAUUUUGAAAAUUAAUAUACGAACGCAUGACAUAAUAAUUCGCACAAUAUCACAAUCGAUCAUAAAUUAGGAAUAAAUUUAUAUAGUAUCUCGUCGGUGCAUAUCUUUUCCAAUGUCAAUAUCCAUAAAAUCGAAAUUAUUUAUCCUUCGAAUUUCUUUCGCAAAUCAAAAUCAAAAAACCACGAUAGUAAUCCCUCCCUCCUUCUCUGUAUCAAAUUUCUGCUCUUCAAGUUUGCCGCGAUAUUUUAUCAAAGAAAUAGAAAAAGGGAAAAAUAUCUCAAAAUUGCGAAAAAUGAUAAUAAUCAUAAAAAUAUCAUUCAACACGAUUGCACGACAUCGAGGCCGCACUGUUAAACGACUAGAAGCAAAAACUUAUCAAACCAUUGAAACAUAUAUUACGAUUUACGUACACGAUCGUUUCGCACCAAAUACGAAUUCGAUACCGGUCGAGCUUCGAGUUCGAGAUUUCUGUUAUUAUUCAUCAGAGUGUACGUUUCGAGAUGUAAAGGUUUUGGUGGUCGUUUUCAUCCCUCCCAUUCGGGCGUAGAUCCGAGUACUCUGUAUCUCGAUGCAAAAUUAUUGGUUCCACGCAUAUGGAACAAUGAUGGACCGCGAUGAGACGAGGCCGCAGGAAUCGAAAAACGAUUGUAAGAUACUCGAUGUAAAUAGAAUUCUUCGACUUUCUUCUCAGACUUUCUGCUCUCGUUCACUCGUUCCAGAAUCCAGAACUCGCUAUUUUUGCGGGUUGAAAAAAAAUAUCCGUGACAUGUUGGAUUGUCUCAAAAGUUCUUUUCGUUGCAUAUAUGAUUUUGGCGAGUCGAGAAACAUGAUUUUUCAUUGAUAUUUUAAGUCAGAUUCCUUCUGAUUUUUAAAAAAAAUAUCUUUAUAAGUAUCUUAUAAAGAUAUUUAUAAAUAUCUUAUUAUGUAUGAUAUUUGAUGAUCCUUAACAAAAAUCCGUAACAAAAAUUUUUGGUACAUUCGAGACCGAUGACGCAACGUAUCAUGUACAGAUUUUCUAUUUUAUGGCGGUUGAGGCGAAGAAUAUUCCAUAUUUUCCAUCAUAUACAACUAUUUUGGAUUUUAUUUUUUCCCAUUAUACUGUUCAUUCGAUCGAAUGUGUUGAAUGACAUUAAAAGCGCAAAUAUAAAUAAAUCAAAAAUCAUUUUGGAAAAGUAGAAUAUAAUCCAGAAAGAUGGAACUUUGAUACAAUUUGUAUAUAAAUGUUUGAAAUAAAACGUCUAUGUAUAAAAUUUUAUAAAUGACGAAAUAUCAUUGAAAUAUAUAAAUACGAUCCAUCUUAAUUCUAGAAAAAUUCUAGAAAAAUAAAGAUCUAUAUAGAGAGAGAGAGAAAAAAAACGAAAAGAACUUUUUGGACUUAUAUCUCGAGAUUGUAAAUAACGUUUAUAUUGCUUACGAUUCCCUUGAUUGUAAGAUGUGUAUAUAUAUUUUUCACGCGAUCGAAAAGUUAGAUGAAAGGUUCAGAAGCCAAUCAAUGUAAAAUCAUGUUGUUUGAAAGCUUACGAUUCAAAAAUUUCUUUAAAUCUUCGCUUGGCGAAUCAAUUAAAUCGAUUAAAUCGAUGUUGAAAUUCUUGAAUUGAUUUGUUAAUCGAAAAUUUGAACAAUAAAAAGAUUUUUGAAUUAUAUAAAUCAUUUUUUCAAUAGAAUACGAUUUACACUGAUUAACUUCUGAACUUUCUAGAUACAUAUGUAUCUCCUCAAGAAGUAAGAAAACUAUUCGGGUAACCAAAUUUACGGGUAUUGCCUCGCCUCGAGUUCAUCGCCGUUUCGAUAUUCAUUAAUUAUUAGAGAUUAUACGACUGUAACGAUAUACGAUAAAAAUAGUUUUAUCUAUCAAUAUCCCUAUAGAACAGCAUCAGAGAUACUUUCGAUCUUCAGAAUCAACGUUGGAAAAAGAGAAAAAGCGGAUUCAUAGCUCUGGUAGCUCGUUAUAAAAAAAUAACAGUGAGACGCCUUAAAUUCGUUUCUCGAUACCCAUAAAAAUCCUGUUUCAACCAACGGGAACAAUAUCUCUCUUUCGAUCGACUGGCCAACGGUAUGGACAAUGGCUUCACGAUACUCGAUAUUCUUUUUUGCAGCUCAAGUUUCCAAAAAAUUUUUUUCUCAUUCAAUUGUUAUACAGGAUAUCGAGAGAAGAAAGGUUACAAACUAUGAAACGAUAAAAUUGAUGAUUGUGGAUUUUAUGCGAAUUUUUAUACAUAUAUUUAUUUUACGCACGUAAAAGGAAUUAAAAUAGAUAUAUGAUAUGUAUCUUUUUCAAUGAAUUUAAAGAAAUUCAAUUUAUUUGAUACAUUUGAAUAUUUGAAUUGUUUAAAAUAUUUAAAUAAUUUGUUUCAAAAAGUUCAAAUCAAUAAUUCUUAUUAUUAUUAUUAUAUUUGAAAAUCGAUAUUCAAUUUUUGAUUCUUAAAAUAAUAUAAAAUAGAAUAGAUAAUAAGAUUGUUGACGAGAUUAAUUUUCCAUCUGAAUGUACUCUAUGGAAUUCCAUGGUCACCCCGGUUGAUUAUAUCUUGAUUCGAUUUAUCCGUAUGCUGAUUCUGAGCAUGGAAAAGAUGAAUUUCCAGCCCAGGUUUCUAGAUGAGUUUCGAUUCUAAAUAAGUUUUAAAAUUAUUAUUUUGAAAAAAGAAAAAAAAAUGGGAAAAUUUUCGUUUCUCAGUAUAGAAUUGGAGAAUUCUGAUUCUAAAUGGAUUAUGUCUUGUUUGGAUUACUCUAAAAAUUAUGGUUUUCCCAUUUUUUCCUUGAAAUUUACUAUAAUGCAUUGUGAUUUCUUUGAUAUUUGAUUAUAUGUGAUUUUUAGGUAGUAUCUUUAUUUUUAUUAUUUCAUUUCAUAUUAUAAAAGAAAUAAUAUGCUCUGUAAAAUAAAUAUUUUUUUCUUUUUCUUAUGAUGUAAGCAAAUUUAUAAAGAAUUAUUAGGGUAUUAAGAUGUGCAAGUAGAAAAAUUAAAACAUUCAUGACAGAAAUUCAAUAUAUCUUUAAUCAUUAUUUAAAAUUAUCUAUUUUCUUUCUUCCUUUUUUAAAUAAUAUUUAUUGCAAUGCAUAUUUACUAUAAAAAUCUAUAUAUUAUGUUAUUUAUCAUUAUGUCAAAAUUAUAAACUUUAUGAUUAAAAUUGUUCUUUAAACAAAAUAUUUCUAAAUUAUAUUAAUUUAAUAAACAAUUGAAUUUUUGAUUAAAUAAAAGAUAAAUAAUAAUAAAAUUAAAGAAUUAACAAUUAAUUAUGAUUUUUUUUUCGAUUUCCAAAAAUAAAUAUUCUUAAAAAUAAUUAUUAAACAUUAUUAAAGCGUAAAAAAAUUUUUUUUUUCCAUCACUUAUACUAAAAAUAUCAAUUUUUUUUUAAAAAUGUGCAAGCUAAAUAAAUGAUUUUGUGAAAAAAAAUUUCACUCUAUUCAAGCAUUUUCAUAAGAUCUUUCAAUUUUCAAGAUACAAUUAAAUUUGAAAAAUUAAUAUUUUUCAUAAAUAUGUCAGUGGAAUAUUUAUUAAAGUUUCAAUAAUAUUUUUAAUAAUAGUUAAAUUAACACAUUUGAUAUAUUCUUUUCCUCUUUGAAAAUAUUAUUUUUAAAAAAAUAAUAAAUGAGUUAGAAUUUUCAGUUCUCUUCAAGAGAAAAAUAAUAUAUGUGUUAUUUAUUAAUUUAAAUAUACAUUUUGUUUAAUUAUACGUAGUAUUUAUUUAUUUUGACUUUUAACAAAAUUGCAAAAUUAAUUAAACAAUUUUUUAUAUCAAUAUAAAUUUUAUUAAAUAUAUUACGAAUAUUUUCUAUUAUUUAAAAAUAAUACAAAAAUAAAUAAUAUAAAAUAAAUUUUAUAGUUUAUAAAAUUUACAUACAUUUCAUUUUACAUUGCAAUAAAUAAAAUUAAAAGAAAGAGAGAAAAAAUUAAAAUUUUACAAAAUAUAUUCUGGCUGAAGAUCUUUCAUUUUAUCUAUAUUUUCUUUUAUGUAUCCUUUUAUUUAUUUUUAAUCUGAAUUUUCAUUGUUAUAAUAUUAAUUAGCAUUUUUAAACUUUUUCUUUUAAAUAUUAUUACAUAAGCUAUUAACGUUUAUUUAAAUUUUUAAAAUGUAUUUAAUCAAAUGUAUUUAAAGAAUAUAUCUUACUUCAAUUUGACAGUGAUCAAAUAUUAUUACAUCUUAAAAAAUAUAACGAUUGUUAUUAUUAUAAGGAAAAUUAUCAUGCAAUAUACCAAGAAAUGAUUUAAAUUAAUUAAAAACAAAAUAAUCCAAGCUGCAAAAUAGUUUGUACAACAAAAUGCAUCUAGCGAUAUCCACUAAUACGUAUAAUAAAUUAUUAGCAGAUAUCUAUUAUGCAAACGAUAUUUUGAAAGAAUUCUUUUUUUUUUUUUGAAUUUAUAUGCAAUUCGCGUUGAGAAUGUUACAUUUCUGAACAUUUAAUAUAAAUAAAUACGCAUAAUGAAUUCUAUACGAAUCGAGAUCGUCUUUUCAUAUACACAAAAAGUAGACAUUGUUAUAGCGGUAGAAAAAAAAAAGAUUAAAAUUUAUUUUCGAAAAAAAGAUAAUACUUAAAUUUAGAGAAUUCUGCAAAGUUUAUUUUUUCAUUAAACUUUAAUGAAAAACAGUAUUUUUCCUACAACACAAUAGAUUUAAUUUUAAGAAAAUACAUUAACUUUUUUUUGAAAAUUUGAGUAUGAAAUAUAAUAGUGUUGAUAUUUUUGAAUAUUUCCAAAAUUUUAUUUUAUUUUACUUUUUUUUUUUUUUUUUUUUACUUUUAAAGUCUAUUGUCAAAUAAAUAAAUUUUUCUUGAAUAUUGACUCAGUACUAAACAUAAUGUUUCAAUUAAAUCAUUUUAUUUCUAAAAAUAAAUAUAAGGAUAUUCUUUAUUUUAUUAUUAUAGUCAUGAGAUAUAUAAUUAUUAUACAGAAUCUCUUAUUUAUUUUAAAAUAAUUAAUAUUCUAGAAUUUUCUAUGAUAAUAAAAUAUUCAAGAUUCAAUUUUUAAAUAAAUAUUAUUUAUAUGAUUGAUUUCUUAUGCAAUAGAACAAAUAUUUAAUUUAUCUUUGAUCUUAUUUGACUAUCACUUAACAAUGUCUUCUUAUAAAUUGAAACAUAGAAUUAUAUAUACUGCUAAGUGGUUUCCAUUUUGACACGAUUAAAAUAUAUCGACACCUUCUGUGUUCACAAGAAUAUUUAUAUUAAUCGUUUCGCAGCGUUUUAAAAAUACUUUAAGAAUUCGCGAAAUCAAAUCACUGUCUGCGUGUAGUUCAACAAAAGUAUGCGACUUUUUACAAAAUCAGAAAUUCGAGAUGUUUCUCAUUCGUUAUCGCUUAGAUAACAAAAAAAUUGAAUAUAAAAAAUAGGCAAUCGAAAGUAAUUUGCAUUCGAAUCGACAAAAGAAUCGCUUCGUGAAGACGUUAAUAAAUGUAACAUGUUAAUGUAUAGAAAGCGAUUUAUCAUAAGCAUACAGUGUAUUUAAUAUUGUUAAAUAUUGUUAAAUAUUGAACGCUUUUCAAAGUACUCGCACAAAUUUUUGAGUUGCUGCUCAAAGGCUGAAAUUGAAAAAUGAUAACGUAGUUUGGUACUAAAAUCGACAUUACUAAUAUUAUUUGCGAGAAAAUAUGGGAUAAUCAAGAAAAGAAAUAUAUGUAAAAAAUGUAAGAAAAAUAAUUCUAUUUCUAUUUUAUUUAAUUAGAAAAUAAAUACCACAAGAAAUAAAAAUUUAUUUUCAACAUGAAAGAUAAUCGUUUAAAUUUGAUAAAUGUACUUAUAUAAUAAUCUAAAAAUAAAAAUCAAAAGAAUAAAAAAUUGAACAAAAAAAUUUAAAAAAAUGUUAUACAUCAAUCUUGUUUAGACUUUUUACAAUACACAUAUAAUUCUAAAUAAUUCUAAAUUCAUUAUUUUUUAAUUUUUAAUGAUUAUUUGCUGUUUUAUAAAAGAAUGUGAUAUAACCAUUCCAAACAUUAUCAUAUAACGAUAUAUUUUUACCAUUAAAAGAACGAAACUAUCAAAAAAGAGAAUUUUCUUGAUUAUCUGAUAGUUUUCGUACAAAAUCUAUUUCUAUAUUAUAAUUCUAUAUUAUAUUAUAUAGGUAUUUUACAUGUAUCAUGAAAGAGAUUUUUCAAAAUUUGUUUUGUAAUUUUUAAUUUGUGCCUUUAAAUGCAUUUGAAUAUUAUAAAAAAUUGUAUGACAAUUUGAAUCCGAAUCAUAAAUAGUGAACGUAUAUUUGUAUCUUUUUAUAAUUAAUAUUAAACAUGUUUCUAUCAUUUUAAAAGAAUAAUAUUUAUACUUCUUUGCAUAUCGAGUUCAUUAUCUCAUAUUUACAAUAUAUACUGAUAUUAAUCCUUUAAUAUUUCCUUCUAUGUAUAUUGAAAUACAAGAAUGAUCAAUAUAAUUUUAUUGUAUCGAUUAAAUGGAUAAUAUUAUAAUCGAUUAUACUAAAAAUUCACCAAUGAAAAUUCACGAAAUUUUUUUUCACAACAAAGAUAAUUUGUACGAGAUCCUGAGAUUUUAAGCUCGGGACAGAUCGGUAAACUUCGGCUAAGAUCGAGUGGGAUCCAUAAUAGUCUCGUAUUGCGCGGGAUCUUCGAAAUUUCGAGAUCCUAUUAUUAUAACUUUUAAUCGAUCAAAUCCGAUUAUUCCCGAUUCAUACUUUAAUCUAAUCUUCUAAUCUAAAUCGAGUCUUAUGAUCCCAAACAUUUGAAAAACCAAAUUUUUUUCAGUUCGAAUUUCUAGAUUCCGCACACUUAUUCAACACGCGUUAGAAGAAACGAUAAAAAUGUCCCUAACGUUUGUACCGUAUGGAAGAACUGCUUAUAUCCUAUGUAAUCCGACGAGAUACUCGGGAUCGAAUCCGAAUAAUUCAGAAAUUAAUGUAGCGAUAAGCUAGCGCUAUAAUAUCAGAUAUUAUUUUUUAAGCGAUGUAAAAGUUUGCAGGCGUAAAGAAAUAAGAGAAAGUGUAAAAAGAAAACACAAGGAAUCAGCGUCUAAUUCCCCAGUGACACUGUGUUCACUUGUGCUUUCCACGAAUCUAUGAAUGCGGUGAAGGAACUCUAUGUAGAAUGUCCGAUUGUAAUUAAAUAAUAUUGUAUAUGUCGGAUCAAGUGUCUCAUAGAUAGUUCGAAGAAAAAUGAAGGAAAAAAAAAAUAGUAUAUUACUAUUCUAUCAUUAUGAGAUGGGCGAAUAAAAUUGUAUAUUUUACGAUAUAACGAUGUCGUACUGAGUGAAAAAGAGAAAAAAAUUUACGUAAACCUAAAUUGCAUCGUGUUGUAUUAUCGAUCGAUAUUUAUCGAAAAAAAGAAGAAAAAAAAACAAUAAAAACACGAAAAAAUGACGAUUCGAUGGGGGGAUGAUGUAUGCGGACAGUAAAAGAGAUCAAGUAAAUUAAUCGUGUUACAAAUAUUAAAAUUAUUGUACAAAAUUUAAUGCAGAUAGAUUAUAAGGCCUAUCGUUUUAUUUUUACCAGAUCAAUUUAUGUUUAUAUCGUACGACGUAUCCAUUACUGUCGCGUCGAAUCGCAUGGCGCGAAAACUUGUAUCUAUGCACACGAUUCAUUCACGUUCCUUUCGCGUAUGAGAGACAAGCUCGAGUUCUAACUGGUUCUUUAAUCCUUGGAUUCUGAUAUUGAAUCACAUUUGCGUUAUAAUUUAUGGUUUAAAUGUAAUAGAAUUGAAUUUUAAUCCUUCAUAUUGAGAAUUGUUACUAAUUUUCAAUUCUAUGUAUAACUUAAGAUUGAUCUAAGCAAUUUCCAAAUGAAUUAGAAAUUUUGAAGUAUCCAUCUUUGGUAUCUUUUAUAUUAACCAUUAUUAGAAGAUUAAUCGAUCUAAAUUCUAAAUUCUUUUCUUAACUUUUAAAUAAAUGAAACGAUAAAUUUCGAUGAUAUUUAUUUAUAUAUAUUUAUAUAUUUAUUUUGAGUAAACAUUGAUAAAUAAUUUUCGAAUAUAUUCGUUAAUUUUAUAUUUAACGAAACAAGGAAGAACUCUCGCUAGUCUUUCUAUGCAGUAGCGGCUGACUUCGGUGUCCAUCCCAAUUCUUCGACCUCGUACACUCUAAAUCGUUUGCAAUUUAAAAACAAAAAUAGAAAAAAAAAAGAAAAAAAAAUGACUAAAAGGACUCACGAGGCUUCACGAAGCUGUCAGCGUGGGAAGGAAGAGGCGAGAAAAAGUAUUUUAAGUCAGAGGAUCAGCCGACAAACGAGACACACGCGGACACACUGUACAUUCGUGUAAAGCAUAGCGGAGCCUUAUUGAGAAAGCAAUAUGCAUCCUUAAAAAAAAAUUGCUUAAAAGUAUUUUCAAGCUGCUAAUUUUACUCGAAUAAUUAAUUCCUAUGCUAAGUAAACGAGCAUCGAGGCGCCCUCGAAAUAUAACGCUUGUCUUCGACAGUUUCCUUAUCGAAAUUGAUCGAAGGCUACGUUUCGAGUAUAUACCAUUAAUGUAACCCACGGAUAGCACGUUUAAUCUUUAUGUGUUCUCACUUGACGCAUGUAUAUUUCACUCGUUCGCAAUUGAUCAUCUUGAUCGUUUAUACACUGCCACUUGUAACCCAUCUAUAUAUAUAACAUUUAUUUAAAAAAAAUACUAUUUGUUUAUGUAAUUCUAUUACGUUUUUAGAUUAUUUUCGAUCAAAUUGUACUUUCAAAAAACAUGUAUUUUUUAAAAAAUAUCUGAAGUAUAAGAAGGAUAAAAAAAAAUUGUUAUUAUAUGAAGGAUUUCUCGAUUGAAUUUUAUAUUAAAGUGUUUAAAAAUAUUAAAACAUUAAAAAAUCUCUUUUUUAAAAACAAGGUAUAACGAUUUAAGGAUCAUAGUAGGGUUAAAAUUUUGUAAAUUGAUAUUUUGAUUCAAAUAUAUUCAAAAUUAGACAACGUUACAUAUCGUUGUUACAAUAUAAUAUAAUAAUAUAUAUAUUUUUUUUAGUAAAAAAAAAAUAAAUUACAUUAUUUCUUUUUUUAGUUAGAAAAUUAAAAUUAACGUUUCAAACAUAUAAAUCUCAGAAUUAUGUUUUUCGCUACAUAAAUAAUUAAAUAAUAAUGUAAAAAUUCUAAAUGGAAACUGACAACAUAUUUAAUGAUUAACAAAACAAUGUUUUCCAUAUAGAAUGUUAUAUAAUUUAUUUAAUGUCCUGAUUAUAAUUGAACUUCUGUAUACACAUUUAUAUGUAUUCAAGGAAUUAACGUUCUACCGUGGGCGGCAACCAGAGUCCUCUCGACUCCGUAUGUAAAUACACUUCCGAAAAUAGUACGUAUGAAAAAUUAUUCAAAGCCUAUACGAUACAAUUUUCUCCCACUUAUUAAAUCUCUAUUAAAAUGUAUAAUAAAAAACGUGAACGAAUAUCCGAUUCCAGCGGCUUCCUCUUCAAUACUUUUGUGGUAGAUUGAAAACAACAAUGUCGAUUUACCGAUGAAUCGAGUAUGUAAAUAUAUAUAUGGAAAGAAAUAAAACAGCGAGGAAACCGAGGGAAACAUGAAAAUAUUCGAAAAAAAUAGUAGCGGCGCUCCGUAUUUUGGCGUAAAGGCUAAGCGAACGCGCAGACUCGUGAAACCGAGCAGGGAAACAGUGGUUUUAGCGAGUCCCUGGGCCAUAACAUAGGUCACUAAUUAUAAUAAUAAUAUAGGAAUAUUCCAGCGUUAUUUUGUACAUAAACAACUUUAUCAACGGAUAUUAAGAAAUCAUCAAUAAAUCUAUAUACAAAAAGA